UCUUAAAUCUUUUUGGCAAUGAAAUUACUAUCAAAAUUUUGCUGCAAUAUAGAAAAUCGGAAAAUUCUAAAGGUCUCAUACAAUGUAUUCAAUGGAACCAAGUGGACGUCUCUCCAAAAUGCGGCCAAUGGCAUCAAUACCCAUCACAAGAGCGACGACAUCCCAACGUUUGCGUCGUGUUUGUGUUAAUAUUGAGGCUAAUGGCUGCAGUUAUCCCCCAGUGAGGAGACGUCGACGUCGUUUCGUUAAUACGAUAACAAUCCCAAUGCCAUCUAUGAUGUAUUCCAGUCCAUAUGACGAAAUGCAACAGCAACAGAUGGAACGUUUAUCCUCUGGUCAAGACUAUUCCAUUUUCCAUAGAACCGAAAUGUUAGCCAAUGAAAACACUGGCCACAUAAGUAAUUCAUCUCAAGCCACUCUAUGCGAUGACAGUGCACGACAGGAAUCACGAUAUUCCAUAUAUGAUAAUAAAUCUAUUACACAGAGUACCAUAAAUGAGUUGAAAUCUAUUGUCGAAGCAUUGGAAAUAAAAAUGCAGAACGAAGAAGAGUCCAAAGUUGACCCAGAGCCGAGACCCCAAGAGGAAAAUGAAUCUUUCCAGGGUUCUCAAUUAGAUAUAUUGACCCAUCUUAUGCGUGAGACCAACGACAAGUUGGAUGCAUAUAUUGAGCAACAGGCUGCCAUAAUGUCAUCAAAUCCUCUAAUGCAAAUGAAUCUAAUGGGUAAACUGAAGGGAUGUGGUCGACAGCGACGUAAUUUGCCUGUAUUACCGUUAUUCGUUCAUACUUUGCCACCAGCAGCGCCCACGUCUGCACUUCCUCCACUGACACCUCCGCCAAAACCAACUGCUUGUCCUAUGGAAGGCAAUGAUUCUUUCAAUAGUGGCCAACGUCAAUAUCGAGCUACCCCACCGCGAGGAGAUGCCCGACGACGACGACGUCCCUUGCGUCCUGCCUAUAUACAUUUGGAGAAUCGAAGUUGUAGCACUGACGACUUGGAGGUGUUGCCACGCAUUUUAUUGGCCAGAUCACCGGCUGGAAAUGAAGCAAUCACCCCAAACUUACGGGACUGCGGCACCACGAUGUGGUGUCCCAUGAAAUGCUGCCGUCAACAUUUCUGUGGCCUCUCACCCACUGAUGGGAAAGAAUUUCAACCCCUUGAAGAGAAGGAUAAAAUAGUAACCCCUGUACCAUAUCCCAUGCAACCAUCACCAAGGACCAUAGAGACUACAAUUUCAUUUGAGGAUGAUACGAUUACAACUCCACCACCGCUACCCAAGACGCCCCCACCACCACGAGAGCAAUUGCUUCGGGAAAAGGACUAUCAGGUGGUCAGUAGAAACUACGAUUACGAUGGUUCUAGUUCUAGCUCCAGUUCAUCGCACGAAAUGAGCUUUACCUCAUAUAUAGAAAAUAGGCGCGAAUUCGAUCUCCACGACUGGUAUAACAAUCUGGAAGUUAUAGAGCACUACUUUAGGGCUAAAAACCCUAAUGUACAGACCAGCAAUAAGCAGCUACAAACGGACAUUGAGUCAACGGCAUCCACAACAUCGACAAGUGAUAUACAUCAUAUUAUAGCCACCACCGAUAAGGCAGUAAGCACCUCCGAGUUUCAGAUGAAACCCUUAAACAUAGUGUCCCAAUGCAAAAAUUCCUCCCUCAAACCCCAACGCCCUAACGAGAAAAGGGCUAAUCAGAAACCUUUAAAUCGCUCUCAGAUCAAGGUAAAGUUUGAGGGAGAAAAACCAAAAGUUGCAAAUGUAGGAACUAGUCCCAUGCUCGAAUCGAGUUCAAUGCAAAUGCCAAUACCUCAGCAAAGACGUGGACUGAAAUUUAAUACUCUUGACGAGACUUUAGACCGCAAAACUGCUGGCAAGCAAGAAGAGUCCACCUGGUAUAGAGUAGCAAGCGGUUCAUAUCAUUUACCACCCUACAAGGGUUAUCCAACCUGCUGGAGUUAG